UAUAAUUCAAAAGAAAAAAAUCACAUAAUUAAAAGCCAAAACAGUUAAUAAGGCACAUAUAUAGUUUAAUUAAAAAUUAAAAAAAAAACAGAAUUGUUCUGGGUAACAACUAACAAGGAUUUCAAAUUUUUGUUAACAUGAGAUAAUUUUUGGGGAGGAGAUAAGGAUUGCUAAAAUUUGGAUUAAAAUAGAUAAUUUCUUUUAACAAAAAAAAUGCAUGACAAAUAUAAUAAAAUAAACUGAAAAACAAUAAUCAAAACAAAGAAAUUAAGGAAGAAAAAAUACAAGCUAAGCAAAUCAGCUCUUUGAAAACGUUGGGUUACCCAACGUUUUGGAAAACAGCUUAUUGAGGUAAAUAAGCUUAUUCAAUAAGCUUACUACCAAACACUUGUAUUAACUUAUUUGACUAGUCAAUCAGCUAAAGUUGGUCAAAUAAGCUAAUAUAGCCCCAAUAAGCUAACUACCAAACAAGGCCAAAGUAAAACACUUAAAAAAAAACCAGUUGGCCAUUUCUUAACAGACUAUCAGAGUUCUAAUCUCUUUGCUAACCUGUAGACUAGACUACCACUCUUCCAUUGCCACUUUCUGCCGAGCUUCCGCCGGCAAUGCCGUUAAUCUUCCCAUCGGCGGUACUUUCUCCGCCGCAAAAAUCACACUUUUUAUCGCCGGCGGCGAUUCUCCGGCAUCGAAAUCCACACUUACAGAGCUACUUGUCGACAUCAAACUCCGAAUUCCACGAGAAAAACCUCGUUCUCAAACACCGUUUGCUAAGAUUUCCAGCAAAUUUGAAGAAAUUUAGCUCGGUCAAACCGUUGACCACUGUGAAAUCGUCGUUGUCGUCGCCGAUCAUAUCUCCGACCGAUUCAUGGGGCACCUGGACUGCUCUCUUCGCCUCCGCCGCUUUCGGUCUCUGGUCAGAGAAGACUAAGAUAGGGAGCGCCCUGAGUGGUCCGUUAGUUGCUACACUAGUUGGGCUUGCAGCAAGUAACUUGGGGAUUAUUGCUUCUGAAGCGAAAAAAGCAUAUUCAGUUGUCAUGGAGUUUCUGCUUCCUUUGGCUGUCCCGUUGCUAUUAUAUAGAGCAGAUAUACGUAGUGUAAUCAAAUCAACCGGGAAAUUGCUCUUGGCAUUCUUGAUUGGAUCAGUUGCCACCACUGUUGGAACUGUUGUAGCAUUCUUUUUGGUGCCAAUGCGGUCACUUGGUGGAGAUGCAUGGAAGAUAGCUGCUGCUCUCAUGGGUAGACAUAUUGGCAGAGCUGUCAAUUAUGUUGCCAUUGCGGAAGCUUUGGAGAUCUCUCCAUCAGUGCUAACCGCUGGACUAGCCGCAGAUAAUGUUCUAUGUGCAGUAUAUUUUGCCACACUGUUUGCAAUAGCAUCCAGAGUGCCUCCAGAAGCUGAAGCAUCAACUGGUGAUAGCGUGACGGACAUGAGCUCUGGCUCUGGUGACAAGCUCCCUGUUUUACAGUCUGCAAUUGCCAUAGCAGUGUCUUUUCUAAUAUGCAAAGCUGGAAGUUUUCUUACCAAAUAUUACGGAAUUCAGGGUGGUAUGCUUCCUGCAAUAACAGCAAUUGUGGUCCUCUUGGCAACUGUGUUCCCAAAACAGUUUAAUCAGUUAGCGCCUUCUGGGGAAGUUAUGGCUGUGGUUUUGAUGCAGGUAUUCUUCACUGUGGUGGGGGCGAGUGGGAACGUUUGGAGUGUCAUUAACACUGCACCAAGUAUAUUCCUGUUUUGCCUUGUCCAAAUUUCUGUCCAUCUUGGUCUGAUUCUUGGAUUGGGCAAACUUUUUGGCUUUGACCUGAAGCUAUUGCUAAUAGCUUCGAAUGCCAAUGUUGGGGGUCCUACGACAGCCUGUGGAAUGGCAACUGCAAAAGGGUGGCAUUCUAUGGUAGUUCCUGGUAUUCUUGCUGGAAUUUUCGGUAUUUCCAUAGCAACUUUCCUUGGUUACGGAUUUGGUACUAUGGUUCUCCGACUCAUGUGAACAAGCUCCGAAGAUUUACGGUCAGAUAUAA